AUGCAGUGUGGAGUGGACCUGCAGCGCUGGCUCGCCCUGUCUCCAUGGUGUAACAACGCGCGAGCAUCUGACUUGAACGUCGCUUAGUGGUUCGUGUGCCGUGGUGAACGCAUGCCAUGCAACCUGCUCUCGCCGCCAUCCGCCAUACCGUGUAGUUAGGUCGACUGAUCCUUGUAGUCAAGAAGUAGGGUUACCCAUUUACCUCCGACCGAAGGCUUCAGAUUGCAUUGUACUGGUUAUUAUUAUCUUAGGAACGAUGAGCUCCGAUAGUGCUCCCAGACACUCGCAGCAGCUGUCCGACGGGUCGGCCUCGGCGGAAGCAGCCACGCUAGACAUCGCGCUUCCCGCCUCGGGACUUGGCUCUUCACCUCCCGCCGCAAUUGUCGUCGCGGCGCCAGCUGCCGCUCAGCCGCGGAUAUCGGAAAUACAGGCGCCGGAGGAGGACGAGCGGCUGGAGCCAUGGCUGGCGCACGUGUCGGUGCUCGUGCACCUCGCCGCCUUCGCCAUCCUCGGGGUAUUGAUUCGGUACGGGCUGGAGAUUCUGUUCGGCCCGGAGGUGGCGCACGUGACGGACGACGAGCAGACGGUCUUCAUCGACCUGCCCGCCAACAUCGUGGGGUGUUUCAUAAUGGGCGUGGUGGGCGUGGCGGCGAAGCGCCACAUCUCAGCGUACUCGGAGCACCUGGCAAUCGGGUUGGCGACGGGGCUGUGCGGGAGCAUUACGACCUUCGCGUCGUGGAACCAGCGCAUGCUCGCCAUCCUCGCCUCCGGCCUCUGGGUGCGCGCGCUCGCCGGCUACAUCGUCGGUGCGGCGCUGCCCUUCGUGUCGCUGAUGGCGGGCAUCGACCUGGCGGACGGCAUCCGCUGGCAGCUCAAGAGGGCCAACGAGCGCCGCGCCGCACGCAACCAGCCAGCCAUCCGCGUGCCGCGCAGCGACCACUUUGACCGGCGGUGGGCGUCGCUGCUGCUCUUCUUCUGCGUCUCCGUCUUCCUCGCCACGGGCGCCGCCAUUGGCACGGCACUGGACGACUCGUCCAACAAGACGCGGCGCCUCUGGUUCGCGUGCCUCAUAGCGGCGCCGGGUGCGUGGGUGCGGUGGUACCUGUCGUGGCUCAACGGCGGCGCGGUGGGCAAGGGGCGGUGGUGGCAGUGGGUGCCCGUGGGCACGGUGGCCACCAACGUCACCGCGUCCGUGCUGGAGGCCGCCCUCUCCACCGUCGUGCUCGCGUACAACAACGAGACAAGCAUCCUGGCAGUGGGGGCGGUGCAGCUGGGGUUUCUGGGGUGCAUGAGCACGGUGUCCACGCUCAUGGUGGAGGUGCUCGCCCUGCACAAGGCCAAGACCGGCCGCUGCUGGCGCCCCUACUGCUACCUCUACCUCCUCACCAUCCUCCCCUCCUUCCUCGGCGGCAUCCUCGUCUACUGCGUGCCCGUGUGGGCCCUCAACUACACUUCCAAAUACAACCACUUGUAAAGCGAUGUAAUAAUACCAGUUGUAUGUAACACCUGGUUUGAGCAAAUUUAGAGCCUCCUGCGUAUUGUUGUGUGGAACCAGCCACCAGCAAGUUAGUUGAUUGGAAUGCCAAGCAGCCAAGCAGCCUGCGAGCAGAGGCUACUUGCUG